AUAACUGAUUGUCCGAUACCACACCGAGGUUUCUGGCAGUUGGAGAAGGAGAUACAGUGAUGUUCUCAACGGUGACCAGUAAAUCCAUGUGUGGGCAAUCUUUCCCUGGGAUUAAAUCAAAUGCUGAGGACAGUUCGAGGAGAAUGAGAACCGUUGAGAGGGACGAGGCUCUGGCAGCACCGAGGGACUCAGUCACCGCGAGGAGAGCCGUCUCAGUGGAGUGUGCCUUCUUGAAGCCUGAAUGGUCUUGAAGCUGGUCAAAGAUCUCCGUAACCACCCAGCUGCGGCGCUGAUGUCAGAGGGGCACCCGCUUGUGAUGAGCUCUGAUGAUGACCCCUCCAUGUUUGGUGCCAGCGGUCUCUCUGAUGAUUUCUACGAGGCGUUCGUGGGAUUUGGAGGACUGAGCAACCAUUUGGGCACUUUAAAAGAGCUUGCCAUGAACUCCAUUAGUAACUACUGUGGCAUCCCGCCCCGUAAACCUCGGCCCGGACCAGCCCGAGGGUUGGUCCUGGAUGGCCGUUACCACCGUCACCCACCGGCCGGCGACGGAGAGCACCGACCGAACCCCAAUCAGCUUGAUUGGGGGACACCUGGCCGAAAGCUGAGGAGCCACUAUAAGAGGACUGACAUUUGGGCAGACCAGACGGGAGCGAGGAAGGAGGAAGCGCUCGUGUCCGCGAGAGGCUAGAGGCCCACGGAGGCCCUAGAGACCGCGUUUACUUUGUUUGAUUUAAGUUGUCUGCAAUAAAUGCCUUUAAUGGCUUAAUCCACACUUAUACCCACGUUAUUGCGUACCUUAUUGUAAAGUGUUGUUUGCUUAAUUUCAACAGCCAGAUCAAGUCUUCACAUAGGAUCAGCCUUUAACAGAACAAGACCAACAGGAUUGUUGACAAAACAUGAGACGCCAGUUCAAGGACAAAACCAACCUUUCCAUCAUUUAUCAACCGAGAUGGUACCAUUGAAUCAUUUGGACAUGGCAGUCCUGGAAUGGUUUCUGAUUCGGAGCAAAGUGUUAAAGAUCUGUUUAAUUUGGUAAAAAAACUCCAUCAAAAACAAGAAUCCAUGCAGAAGCUUCUUGAAGAAGAUCUAGAAAGACAGAGAAAAAUAGAAGAAAAACCAAUUGCAGUGGUCAAAAAGGAGGACGAAGAAAAACCUGGGAAAAUUGAACAGCCUGGAAAUAAAGGGAAUAAACUUUUCCCAAAGUCUCCCCUGUUCCAGAACUGGGGUGGAGAGAAUUUGUCAGAAGACGAACAAAAAGAGGCACAAGCUUUGUUUGAGAAAUAUGGAUAUAACGUGUUUCUCAGCGACCGCCUACCCCUUAAUCGACCUCUUCCAGACACCAGGGAACCAAGAUGCUUGAAUAAGACCUACCCAAAGGAUCUGCCCAGCAUUGGAGUAGUCCUUAUCUACCUGGAUGAGGCCCUGUCAAUCCUCAAGAGAGCCAUCCGAAGUAUUAUAGACCGCACUCCGAAGUCCUUGCUGAAAGAAAUCAUAUUGGUGGAUGACCACAGCACAAAUGACGACCUGAAGCAGGACUUUGACAUGUACAUCAAGACCAUUGAGGACCAGAAUCCAGGCCUCCUCAUGACCAGAGUGAGACACAGUGAGCAGCUGGGGCUGACCACGGCUAGGAUCUCUGGAUGGAAGGCCGCCACGGCUGACGUGGUCGCCAUCUUGGAUGCUCAUAUUGAAGUCCAUGACCUGUGGGCUGAACCAUUGCUGACGCAGAUUAAAGGGGAUCGGAAGCUGAUUGUGUCUCCGGUGUUUGACAGAGUCAACUACUAUGAUCUUGAGACUGUAACAUACUUGCCUGCAUCCCAUGCGUUUGACUGGGCUUUGUGGUGCAUGUACGAGAGAUUUAGGCCUGAGUGGUACAAACUAAAUGACCCCUCCUUGCCUGGGAAGAGUCCUUCCAUAAUGGGUAUCCUAGUCGCAGAUCGGACGUAUCUUGGUGAAAUUGGAGUUCUUGAUGGAGGAAUGAAAGUAUACGGGGGAGAAAAUGUUGAGCUCGGGAUUCGUGUUUGGACAUGUGGGGGAAGUAUUGAGGUUGUUCCAUGCUCCAAGAUAGCCCACAUUGAGAGGAACCAUAAGCCAUACAUGCCAGACCUCUCCAUCACAAUGAAAAGGAAUGCUUUGAGGGUAGCAGAGGUUUGGAUGGAUGAGUACAAACACAACGUCAAUCUGGCAUGGAAUCUGCCCUUCAAGGAUCACGGUAUUGACUUUGGGGAUGUGUCUGAGCGAAAAGAACUAAGAAAACGGCUGAAUUGUAAACCUUUCAAGUGGUACCUGGACAAUGUGUAUCCACUGCUGGAUAGCUGGGACGAUAUCCUGGCCUAUGGAGGACUGAAGAACCUCGAUGCCAACAUGUGUGUAGACCAAGGUCCAGUUCCAGGCCACACACCGAUUGCAUAUCACUGCUACUACUAUAUGCCUCAAUACACAUAUUUCCGAGGGACUGGUGAGCUUUACAUUGGUGGGAUCAAGUCCCAUAAGUACAAUGCUAAUCGCUGUUUGACGGACAGUGGUAACAAUGACAACGAGCCUGGCCUGAACGACUGCCACGAUGCUCUUCAGAAACAAAUUGGAAUUUACUGGGACUUCACCCAGGGUAAAGAAUUGAAGAACAAACAGACAGGUAGAUGUUUGGAAAUUGUAAAGGGCAAACUCUUGUUACAAGAAUGUACAGGCCAAAGAUGGGAAAUCCAAAAUGUUAUCAAACCUUUCUAAUAUAUGUCGUCAAUGUGGACUGCAACUACAUUGAUGAUCAUUAAUAAGCCAAUUUACAAAAGUCCAUUUACUACUAUCCACUAUGCUGUAGGCCAAUAUAUAACCUUUUUUUUAUAAUACUCUUAUGUAACUUUGACACAAAGAAAGAAUGAACAUUUUUCUAUGAAUAUAUAAUACAUUUCCAAAAACACUGUAAUAUCCUUUUAAACAGAUGAUUUGUUUCAGUUAAAAAGUGCCUUACAUUGUUGAAAUGUUUGUAUUUGCUAUAAAGCUGUAACAAGCGAUGUGAUAAUUGGUGAACCUAUCUUGAAAAGCUGGGGGCUUUCCAGCUUCAAGCAAACCGUGGCUAUGGGGUCCAUAAAGGUAGCACCUGUCUGAGUCAGAACCAAUGAUAUUGCAGACGCUCACAUGCUUUUUCCUAAAGGAGGAGUUUAAGUUGGGAUGGAAGACGAUAUUUUCUUGCUCUAUUUUAGGGGCUCCAUGGGACAUCCACUUUUUUUAUUAAAUGUAUUGAUUCUUCGGUAAACCUAACUUGAUUGAAUUCUCUUCAUGUUUUCCCUUAUUUUGUUAAGAGUUUAUUCCUUGUAGAUAAGUACACACAAUUCCUUCUCAUCAGCACACAUAUUUCCAUGAUUCUGGUGAACUUUUACAUUGGUGGGAUAAGUCAAAUGAUAAUUGUACGUUAUACGGCAACACUGACAGAGAGCAGCAACAUACUGUGUUGAGGGUGUCUGAAUAUGAAAGGUGUCAUUCGUUAAUGAAGCAGAACAAGAUUUGACUAACGUUCAUGUACAACAAUGGCAUACAGUGUUCUCUGGUUUAUGUCUGUUUUCUCUAUUUUUUAGGGUAAAGAAUUGAAGAACAAACAAAAUGUUAGUUAAAAAUCGAUAUAGAUUUAAUGUCUAAAGCCUGACACCUAAACCAAGGGUUUUUUCCACACAAAUCGGUUGUAUCUGUAGAGAACAAUGAGAACUAGGAUUGGGCACGCAACCCCGCAUGGGGUUUGAAAUGUUCUUUCUGAUUGUAUAGACGGGUUUCUUGUGUACAAACAAUACUAGGUGCGCGCGCAGCCAGGGGGCAAAAGCCUGCUUCGGAGUGAACUGAUAUCAAUGUAGAUGCCGUAUUGCUUGUAAGUUCUCCCUGACACAGUUGCAAUAAAAUGUCAUUUUACUGAAAAAUCGCUUUGUUUUUCAUUGCAUCAC